CUUUUCUGUGGCAAGAGCUCUAGUUCUCUCUUCCACCUCUGUUUCUCAACCUUGGUCAAUCUCAUUUGUGCAAUUGCUCUCGCCAUUGUUUUUCUCUCUUGCGCAUUGCGCAGUCCUCGCUCCUUGCUACAACCAUGUCAGCCUCGAUAUCCGGCAAUCGAGAUCUCCCUACAUCCAGGCAUGAUCUGAGUACGUACUGGGGUAGAGUCAAGCAGGCUGCGGAAAUCUCAGACCCCAGGACGCUCUUUGUCUCCUCUGCUGGUCUGGAUAAGGCCAAAGGCCUCGUCGCCUCGUAUAAAGCUGGCCAUGUACCAUCGAUGACACCGGAGUUGUGGUGGGCGAAAAGAAUCAUCGAUUCAACUUUGCACCCUGAUACCGGUGAACCAGUCUUUCUCCCCUUUCGCAUGUCAUGCUUCGUUCUGUCCAACUUGAUUGUGACUGCGGGAAUGCUCACCCCCGGCCUCGGUACAAGAGGCAUCGUGCUCUGGCAAAUUGCCAACCAGUCUCUAAAUGUCGCCAUCAAUAAUGCCAACGCAAACAAGUCCACUCCUCUCUCCUACUCCACUAUGGCAAAAUCAUACCUCAUGGCCGUCUCUGCCUCCUGCUCCGUCGCGCUGGGGCUGAACGCCAUGGUCCCCCGUCUAAGGCGAGUGUCUCCCAAUACGAAAUUGAUCCUGGGUCGCCUAGUUCCCUUCGCAGCCGUCGCCAGUGCUGGCGCACUGAAUGUAUUCCUAAUGCGCAGCGAGGAAAUCCGCAAAGGAAUCGACAUCUACCCAGUCCUAUGCGACGAGGAGAAAGCGAAGCGAGAAGUUGACGGAGAAUUGGAGGUGCAGAGUCUGGGGAAGAGCAAAAGGGCUGCCACGUUAGCGGUGGGGGAAACGGCGAUCAGCCGAGUGCUCAAUGCGACUCCAGUCAUGGCUAUUCCCCCCUUGAUUCUCGUACGGCUGCAGAAAACCCAUUGGCUGAAAGCGCGACCUCGACUUGUGAUGCCUGUUAACCUGGGGUUGAUCUUAACAACCUCCCUCUGUGCUUUGCCGUUCGCGCUUGGCGCAUUCCCGCAACGACAAGCGGUUAGUGCGCGGUCGCUGGAAGAGGAGUUCUGGGGCCGUGGUGGCAAAAACGGUGAGGUUGAAUUCAACAGGGGUAUAUGAUCUUCCUCUUUGAUUACAAAAAACUUUUCUUAAAGUCACUAUUUGGUCUUCUAUCCUCUCAUUUCUAUAUUGGAUGUUCCAUCUUGGAACUAUAGAGCUCCCUCUGCUGUUCCGUUCAUAAUGGAGAUAAAUAAAACUGACGCUGACAAUUUUCCGAUUCCCUGCCUUCCCCACGAAAAAAUAUCAGCAUUAUCGCAUGGCGAAUCUAGCGGCUUCGUAUCCAAUCUCUAUUUACCCAUUAUGCAUUGCUAGCAUCCUAUUGUUAAUUAAGAUAUAUUCGACUUCGGAG